AUGAGAGGUGUUUCCCAGUCGCUGUGGAUCAGCGCUCUGGCUAUCCUCAGCAUCAACGACAGUGUAAACGCCCACGCCAAAUGCACGACGCUCGAGCCGCCGACGCUGAACGAUGGAACUCAUCAGGAUUCGAAUGAAUCAUUGCUAUGGGGCCCUUAUAGGCCCAAUCUUUACUUUGGCGUCCGCCCGCGGGUGCCGAAGAGUCUGUUGAUGGGGCUGAUGUGGGCAAAGGUGGAUGAAUAUAGCAGCGCGCAGGGGAACUUUAGACACACCUGCGAGCAAAACGAGGGCAUGGCAGGUUACGGCUGGGACGAAUACGACAUCCGAAAGGGAGGCCGACAGACCAUCCACGAUGCGGGAAACACGCUUGAUCUCACCAUUGACUUUAUAAAAGUACCGGGUGGAAGCCAUGGUGGAAGUUGGGGGGCGCGUAUUAAGGGUCAACCGCGCCCUGAUGCUCCGCCAGAUCAACCGACAACCAUGAUAUUUUACGCGGCAAUGGAGGGAUUAGGCAAGCUGGGAGUGGCGAAUGAAGGAGAUCCGCUUGGAUUUAAGGAUAACGUGAAGCUGUCUGGGAGUACAAUGGAGCUUGGGGAAUUUACCAUUGAUAUCACGCGAGGCCCGGAUACCAACAGUCAUCCGCCAAAUACGCAUCCCAGUCAUGAUGUGAAGCCUCUGGAUAGGAGCUUUGUGGCGAGUCUUCAACUUCAGCCGGAUUUAUUAUGGCAAGCGAAAAGUAUCCUUUUUGCUCACAUGAAGCAGGAAGUCGAUCCGUUGAUUCGGAAAUACGGAACCGAGAAUCCUCCUCCUCCAAGUCGCUACUUUACUAUUGCCAAUGGCCCGGGACACGGAAACUUUCAUAUGGUACAAAAGGUCUUCCAGGGAGCGUUUGAGUUUGAUAUCCUCUUGUCAUCUGGUUCUGCCGGCCAACCUUUGACAUCCGAUGUCCUCAGCAAGGAAAUCAAAACCACUGCUCAGGCGUUCGAGGAUAAAUUUAAGGAGAUAUACUCCCCUAUGAAACCGUUUGACUCUCCCAAGUAUUUACCUUUUUCAAAGGCGAUGCUCUCCAACCUGGUUGGCGGGAUAGGAUACUUUUAUGGAGACUCGAUCGUUGACCGGUCCAAUGCCCCAGAGUACGAUGAGGAAGACGAAGGGUUCUGGGAAGGGACGGCUGAAGCGAGAGCGCGAGCAAAACUUUUGCCAAGCGAUCCUGCUGAACUUUUUACGAGUAUUCCAUCACGACCAUUCUUCCCUCGCGGGUUCCUUUGGGAUGAAGGUUUCCACCUGAUGCCGAUUGUUGACUGGGAUCUUGAUCUCGGCUUGCAAAUUGUAAAGAGCUGGUUUAACCUUAUGGACGACGAUGGCUGGAUUGCUCGUGAGCAAAUUCUAGGGCCCGAAGCUCGUUCUAAGGUCCCCCCGGAGUUCCAAGUCCAGUAUCCCCAUUAUGCCAAUCCCCCAACGUUGUUCAUGAUUCUAGAGGACUUGGUGGACAAAAUGGAGGCUGGAAUUUCCACAUCGGGUUCUGAUGCUGCUUCAGGAAUAUGCUCAAAGGAUUUAGAAGCUGCCAAAGCAUACUUGCGAUCCCUAUACCCUCUGCUCAAACGGCAAUACUUUUGGUUUCGAAAAACGCAGUGGGGAGAUAUCAAGUCUUAUGACCGUGAAGCAUUCUCGACAAAAGAAGCAUAUCGCUGGAGAGGUCGGACAGUUGAGCUUGUUCUCACUUCGGGGCUUGAUGACUACCCACGAGCACAACCUCCGCAUCCGGGAGAGCUUCAUGUCGAUUUGAUAAGUUGGAUGGGCUUGAUGACUCGAUCUCUGCGACGCAUUGCCGGGGCAUUGGGCGAAACCGAAGACGUGGAUGAGUUCGGCAAAUACGAGAACGCUAUUAAGAGAAACAUUGACGACCUCCAUUGGGACGAAGCCAAGAAGACAUACUGUGACGCCACAAUUGACGAGUUUGAGGAGAGCGUGCAUGUAUGUCAUAAGGGCUACAUAUCUCUGUUCCCAUUUUUGACGAGAAUGCUGGAGCCUGAUAGUCCUCGCCUUGGACAUAUUCUGGAUCUUAUCAGCGAUCCAGAGGAGCUAUGGAGUGAAUAUGGCAUUCGUAGCCUGAGCAAGAAGGAUGAGCUCUACGGAACUGGUGAAAAUUACUGGAAAAGCCCGAUUUGGAUAAACAUCAACUACUUGAUUUUGAAGAACCUUUUGGACCUUGCAACUGCCCCGGGCCCCUACCAGAAGCAAGCCAGUGAGAUGUAUACUAAAUUACGGAAGAAUGUGGUGGAUAAUGUGUUCAAUGAGUGGAAACGAACCGGAUUUGCGUGGGAGCAAUAUAACCCGGAAACCGGCCACGGCCAGCGGACGCAGCACUUCACCGGGUGGACCAGUCUGGUGGUGAAGAUGAUGGCCAUGCCUGAUCUUUCUGCAGGUUCUACUGAGGCAGUGCGUGAUGAAUUGUAAAGGCGCUUUUCAUAUUGUUCUGAAAAUAGAUGUUUAGUUAAAGGCCCUUUUUAAAUUCUAGACCGGUCGUAAUAAAAUGGGUAUCUCUCAAUCCUGUAUUGCCAGAAAUGCUCCCUCCAUCCCUUUGUUUUUUUGUGGUUUUCCCAAAUACUUGCGCCAAUGCCAUAUUCAACGCCGCGUCCUUGAUUCCAAAUUGAUCUAGUUUCAAUUCCGUGAUUUAUGCUAGUUAGCGACGUCGCCUGUAACCAUUGUCGUCUGCUCGACGGCGAUCGUGUUCGCGAUUUUCGGGAGAACGGCUGCGUUCGCGACGAGAGCGCCUAUAGUCUUCCCUGCGACGCCUGUCCCUGUCCCGAGAGCGCGAACGUCUUCGCUCACGCGCAUGAGUUGGGGAUCGGGGCCGAUACCUGCGACGUUCGUGGCGGUCAUGGUCGUUUUCAUACCGGUGGCUGCGUUCUUUUCGAUCAUGGAAGCGACCUCUCUCUCGGCUGCGGUCACGCGGGCGAUCUCGCCUCCUGUUGAUUUCAACGUCGUCGCUUCGUUUUUCGCGUGGUUCCUUGCGCUUGGUAUCAUUGGACAUUCCGACAGCUUCUAGUCUGUCUGCGUUGGCAUCAUCACCUGCGUGCUUUAAGCCGUUAUAACCGCCGAAACCGAUGCCUUUGGGAAGUUCCGCCUCGGUCUCAUUUGCAUCGCCAGUAGAUUCCUUGAUGAGCUUCUCAACAUCCCUGCCUGAGACGGCGGUGGCGUUGGCACCAGUAGCAGAUUUUGGAGCAACGGGCAGGCCCAAAGCUCGAGCCAUAGCCUCUUGUUCGGCUUCCUUGAUUCUCUGCAGCUCGGCUUCUUUCUCAUUUUUUACAGCGUCGGCUGAAUCUUCAUCAUUGUGUUUGGCGUACCAGGAGAGGUCGCGACCUUGCUGCCAGCGUCCCACAGGAGCCAUGAGGGAGUGGCCAAGAUAAUUCUCGCGGUGAGAGGAGUCCUUGACAUCAGACCAUUUAAAGGCGUCGCGGCC